AUGGCUCACGUUGCUCGCCGCACGCAAACGAACGACAAUCUCGGCGCCCGGGUGGUUGAAGACGUAGGGCGAUCUCGGCGCAUCCGGAUCGACGGCGAAAAUGCUGGAAUGCGCAACCUGAGCUCGCGCGGUCGAGAUCAGAACUCAAUGGGCCGCCCCGGCGCGUCAGGAUACUCCAUGGAGGUUACCGCCCAGCCUCCGGGGACCGCCCGCCCCGGCCAGCCCAUCAGGGCCACCGUCACCAUCCGCCUCCGGCGCUCCCGCGGAGCCCCCGACAGCGAUCUCGAGGACGGCCGUCUGCUGGCCGUCGCCACCGUGGUGGCCAGGGGUGCUGACGGGGCUUACGUCCCCGUCGGCCCUGACGCCCUGACCGGGCCGAGGCUCUUCGACUCCUUCCACCCCAUUGACAACGACGCCGACGACGUGGUCGGAUACGCCCACUUCCCGGACCUCGCCAUUGGGCAGGAGGGCAUGUGCAAGAUCAGAAUCGCCCUGAUCCGAGUCACGGGCGGCCAGGGCGAGACAACCGAGAUCGUGGACACGCGGUCGAUCAUUGUCGGAAGGAAUUGA